AUGGAUAAGGAUUUUGAUUUAAGCCAACUUUUUGAAACUGACAAUGUUACAAUUACACAACUGGACAAUUUACCCACACAGGAUUUGAUUAAUAUAAACGUAAAAAGUGAUACUGAUGGACGAUUUGAUUCUGUGAAUGUUGUAACUGAUUUAUCUCUACUGAAAGCGCAGCGAAUACCAAGAAAUACACGCAAACAAAAUAGUUGGGCUAUGUCUUGUUUUGAAGACUGGGCACAGUGGCGAAACAAGCAAAGUGAAUUUUUGUUGGGUGACCGUGGGGCGGUCCCAGUUGACAUAGCUGCUCAAUCCUUGGUCAGUUUGGACUAUUGGUUGUCCCGAUUUAUCGUGGAAUGUCGUAGGGAAGAUGUACAGAACUAUCCCCCAAAUACGUUAUAUAACAUUACAACAUCUAUUCAACGUUCUUUGAGAGAGGACCAUGGUCGCUUUGGAUAUACUGGACGAGAGUGA